AUGGCUCUUGUUCAAUCCAGAACACUUCCCCACCUCAACGUCCCGUUAUCGCCGAUUCUAUCUUCCCUCCGUGCUCCGUCGUCUCUCUUUCUCCGGAGGGAAAUCCGACCGGUAGCCUCGCCGCCCUCACCCUCCACCGCCGGCAGCUUACCGUUCUCGCCGUUAACGCGCCCGCGGAAGCUUCUAUGUCCUCCGCCUCGGGGAAAGUUUGUCAGAGAAGACUAUCUUGUGAGGAAAUUGUCAGCUCAGGAGCUUCAAGAACUGGUGAAAGGAGAUAGGAAGGUGCCGCUGAUUGUCGAUUUUUAUGCGACUUGGUGUGGACCUUGUAUCUUGAUGGCCCAGGAACUCGAAAUGCUUGCAGUAGAGUAUGAGCAAAAUGCAAUGAUUGUGAAAGUUGAUACAGAUGAUGAGUACGAGUUUGCACGCGACAUGCAGGUUCGAGGCUUACCCACAUUGUUCUUCAUCAGCCCUGACCCAAACAAAGAUGCAAUCAGAACAGAAGGACUAAUUCCAAUACAGAUGAUGCGCGAUAUCAUUGACAAGGAUAUGUGA